CGGCUGGGCGCUGAGAGACAGCAUGUGACGGUCUGUCAUUAUUACAGAGCUGCGCAGAAGGGAUACUCAGACACUGAGACACUCAAACUUACGGAAACUACCAGAACUACCCGAACUACAGACGCCAGAAUGAAGGUUGUGGGACCCACCUGCGCCCUGAAGAGCAAGACCGGCGGAGAGGACAUGGUGCGGUGCCUGUCCGAGCAGAGCCUCUCCAUCUCCAAGUGCAAGCUGCCUCUGCUGGACGAGCACAUGAGCGCCUUCCUGCACGACAUGAACAGCUGCUACACCAAGCUGAAGGAGCUGGUGCCCACGCUGCCCGCCAACAAGAAGCACAGCAAGGUGGAGAUCCUGCAGCACGUCAUCGACUACAUCUGGGACCUCCAGGUGGAGCUAGAUGAGCCGGGCAAGAAGAACCAUCAUGGCCAGGUGUCAGCACCUCGUGCCCCGCUGUCCACACUUAACGCUGAGCUCGCCAGCAUCUCUGUGGAGAACAGUUCAGAUGACAGAAUCAUGUGUCGCUAGAACAGCAUCGUCCCACGACCACCAACCAUCACAGAGAAACAAGAGCCAAACAACAUCCAGAACAACCAUCUCCCAAAGCGGACCAAAAACUUCUUCUCCAGCACUUCUUCAGCUAAAGUGCUUUGCGCUUUGAGUUCCUCAGAGAGAGAAAAAAAAAAGAUAAGCUGAUAUAAGAAGAUAUUCACCACAAUUCUCCUGGUGUGGAAAGGAGUGAACUUUCCACUGAACUGAAGACUUUUAUAAUGUGUUGUGGUUGACCCACUCUGCGAGGACAUUCAUUCCAUCGAUUUUUCAUUCAUUUACUCAUUGAUCCAUUCAUUGAUUCAUUGUGGCCAAACCCAAACUGAACUCUGAAUCAGUUCCUCAUCUAGUUAUAUUAGGUGGGCGGUUUGCUGUGGAAUCCAUAGCAUUGCCCCACUGAUAUUGUCUGUCUGUUUGUGUAAAGGUCAGAAAUUCUCUCGUGGUUUAUAAUGGUUUACUGUUUAGAAAAGUUUUAUUUUGUUAUAAAGCUUGAUUUUCUCAGAUUGCUGAGCAAAACAAAUGUAUUGUAUAUUACAAUGACCUGAUAUGGGAUGUUUUAUUGUGUUUUUUACAAUGUUCUUAUUUGGUGGGUUUUUUAUUAAAACAAAAAAUACUGAACUUUA